GUUCGGUUCGCUCAGCUUGCGAACCGUACCGUCGUGUUAUCAUCGUUGUCUCUGUUAUCGUCGCGUGCCGGAAACAUCGUAAGAUCCACGCGGGCCCUCGCGUCUAGAGAGAGAAGACCGCGAGAGCGUCGAACGAUAGGAUUGCAUCCGCGAGAAACGCAUUGUCACUUGAGAAAAAUACAAUCUCUGAAAUUAAAAAACUUCGACCGCCCAGCGAAAAGUAUUGAAAUUGCGAUCGAACGUCUUAAAAGGAUUCUCUUUUCUUCUUUUUGUUACGAGAAGAUCAGUCGUCACUUUUUGUACGGAACGGGUUUAUCAGUUGUCAACCGGCUUAUCAGUUCUGAAGCGGGACAAUGCGCACUGAACCAUGUGUACCUUGAGAGGCUUUGCUUUGAUCGCUCGGUGAAUGAGGUCUUUGAAUUCACGAGUUGUGGCCAGGAAGAAAGGACCAGUGCCCAAUCUUCAAUGGGACCUAAUGCGGAGAGAGAAAGAGCUUCGGGAAAAACAGGCGAAUAUAAAUGCCACUUUUCACAGGAUCGCCGUUCCGCGAGAUCAUAAUACGCCGUGCGUUACCUGUGCAACCGCUACCGCUCAUCGCUCCCGCGCAUCGUAAUCGCCUCGUCUGCGUUCAGAUAACACCGGUGAACCCGUGCGCGAGCUCAGGUGCGCCAGCACGUGCCAAAUCGCAUUUCAAAUUUGCGGCAGGGAUACAACUUGAAGGAUAAUUCGAUGCACGUUAUCCGACCGGAUGUUGCGAUCGGAGUGUCUAUAUCGGCGAGAUGAGACCGGACGAACGGGAACAUACGGACUUCCGAAUUGGGACGAGUAAAGUUUUCGGUCGAUCGAACUGACCAGGAGCGUCCCUUCUCCCGGUGUUCUUUUGAAAGCAAAACGGCGACGUUCAUCCUCCUACGUGAGAACACCCCCCUGAAAAACAACGACCUCGAUUCGGUGCUGUACGUUUCAGCACCCCGUCCCGCCGGCGCGCAAUCGAUAUAUCCGGCAGAUAGAUGGGGAACGCUUCCGGGAAAAACGGACGCCCGAUCCUAUGCAUAUGUAUAGGGCACUCGUCGUAACGCUAUCAGAGUCAAGGUCGAAUCGGCCGUCCAGAACCGAUAUCUGAAAUCACGGACGGAUGCGGUCGGAAAUAGCGCGCUCGAUAUCUUUCUCGUGUUAGACGCCAGUUUGGAGAGAAGCGAGCGUGUAUUAUUGUCUCUCUCUCUCUGAUUGUGUGUCCGGCGGAGUUGAGAUCGGAUUUUCUUCGUGCGUCUCUCGCUCUGUUAUCGGCAUCGUUGGAAACCUGAGACGGGUGUGCGAUAUAACGCGGAUAAUCCGGACAUUAUGUAGACAGACGUUGUGUUUCUAGGAGUUUCUCUACGACAGACAGAAGGAGAUAUCGGAAGAUUUUAUAAGACCGAUACACGAGCACGUGCAAAUGCUUGUUGUUCCGAGACAUAAAACUUGAUAGUCGACUGGUGCGUCAACUUGAAUUGCGAACAGAUCGCAGAAGAGAAACGUUGCUAAGGAUGAAAAUAUUCAAGUUAAGAUUGAGUUUGCGAGAUUAUAUAAGAGAAUCGUGAAUUUUCUCUCUAUUGUAAAUUCGUGGUUCGACAAAGUAAAAGAUGAUUGCACAGUCGUAAAAGAUUUCCACUGUGAUGAUCAUUGAAUUGUAAAUUCCAAAUUAAGAACUCGAGAACACAUUUGAAUACUGCUAUCUGUUCUGGCUUUAUAUUGGCCUCCGUUGGAUGUUGGUUUUUUUCCUAAUUGAACUUGAACGCGAACGCUAUAGAAAAAAAAACAGUCCCGAGGUUAUUCCAAUAUUGCCGCGGCGAGAGUCUACCGCUAGUUACUCGCAAAAACUCGCGAACGUCACACGCGUGCGAAUAUCGGCGCAACUGUUGCUGCCAUAAAUCAGGCCAAUGUUUCGGGAUCUUCGCGUGCGCGCGCGAGGCGCGCUAACGCGACUUUAAAUUGGGGACUAAAAAGCCGUGGUAUGAUGCGAGAUCUUUCUUGCGACGUGACAAAAUGUGGAAGCAUGAAAGCGGGUCGCGCGCGAUAAUCAUUUUGACAGUAAGCCAGUUUAGUCGUUCAGCGCGAAGAAACAUUUCAUUCAGGAAGAUACAAGACGUGUAAAACCAACCGCCGUCAUCAUGUAGAGAAGAAAAGCAAAUUCAGAAGAUCCGAAGAAGAAUUCAGAACUUCGGCGCCGACGUGCGUAGUAGCUUUGCAGAGAGAAGGAGAGACUAAAGGACAGGGAAAGUGGUAGUCUCACCGGUUUUCCCGUACCGCGGUGGUAGCGACGUGUUCGGCAGGGUCCAGGGGCCCAUGGCCGGGAAUUGUUUUCGCCAGUUCUGGUGGUGGCUGCUCCCGAUCGCGAUCCUAUCCGGGUGCCUUUUCCCCUCAACCGUAGUCGGUCGUCUCUCGUGCACGUCCACCUAUUCCACGGAGGUAACGAGCGCCGAACGACCACUCGACGACACAGACGUGGUGGUCUUUCUAGGCGAGGGAUGCGACGGAGAGAUCAACGUCACCGCGAUACAAGAUCGUUUGGAGCGCGAAGUGGAUCUGGACGACGAUCUUUCGAUCAGCGUGAUGCCGACCGACCUGACGUGCGAGACGGAAACCGAUGGCCUCGGUGCGCUGAUCCAUGUUCUCGGUGAGAGCAACGCGAAGGCGGUGAUUGCCACUCUCGACAGCUCGAUCUGCGAGGUGGCCGCUAAGCUCGCGCACCUUGGGAAUAAGCCGUUGCUCACUUGGACCUGUCCAUUGAGAGAUUUGAAGGAGCGGGAUUUGUCAUCGAUCAUCAGACUUUCUCCGUCAUUACCGUCGAUGGCUAGCGCCGUGGCGGAAAUAUUCUUGCAUUUGCAGUGGAAGACUGCGGCCAUUAUCGGUACAGAUCGCGAACCUUGGUCCAGCCUGGAUCGCGCCGUGAUUGGCACAUUCCGACGGAUCGGCGUUGUCCUGCGACACCACCUGAUUCUGCCCCAUCGCGCCACUUUCGAGCAAAUCCGCAGAAUACUCAAAUCCGUGCACAACGUCUCUCGUCGAGCCACGGUGCUUUGUCUGCCGCUGCUGGACGAGAUGACGAGUCGGGUUCUGAUCGAGCUGAACGUCGUGUGGCAAAUGCACACCAAAAACUCGGCCAUUCUGAUGAUCCACACGGGAGACAUCGAUCCUUUCCUACCGCAAGACGACUCGUCGCCCAAUCCGCUUCUCGCCGACCCGCCGUCAUCGACCUCGGUUCGCUCCGUGAUCACACAACAGUCUUCCAAUUUUUCUACCUCGAACGAGACACGCGCCCGUUCGAACGCGACUCUGGAAAGCGAGGCGAAGACAACGCCGACGCCGAGGGCGCAGUUGCCCCGAAGAUUCAUCCCGCCCAGAAACCUCAAUAGCAUCAUGAUGGAAAAUCUGUUCGCGGUUGUGCCACUCGAUCAAAGGUACGACGUGAGGAAGGUCUUCAAUGGCACGCAGAAUUACGCGACGUUGGCGUUGCUCGAUCGACUGAAUGAAUCGCUGACGGUGCUGACGCGCGACAACAGCAGCCUCGACGGCCACAACAACAAGAUGUACACGUACGCCCUGUUGGGCUGGCGCGACGCCGGCUGGCACCCAAUGCUCGCGGUGGUCGAGCAACAUCAACGACUGCUGGUUCAACAGCUGAGCGCGGUACCGUUUCUCAACCAGACGCAGGUCGAAACAUCUGACUCGUCCUGCGACGUCGACGAUUGCCCGGAUGACUCGCCCGACAUGUCUUUCCGCACCACACAUAUCAUAGCUAUUAUUCUGGGGUCGCUGCUGUUCACCUUUGUCGCCAUCGCCGUCGCGAUUAUAAUCCGGAAGCGGCUGCUUAAGAAGAGGAUGUCCAAAGGCCCGUACAAAAUCAUUCUGACAACAUCAGAUUUUGUUUUCCCUCAAGUGCCUACAGUAGAUUCGAGGACGGUAGACGAGGGCAUCGAGGCGAUGCUGUGCUGCUGGCUGCAGCAGCUGCAGGAGUUUGGCGGGCCGGAAGUGGGCGAGAAGCCGGAUUUGCUACAACUCGGCGGCAGCGUCAAUUCCCUGCGGCCGUAUCUGCAGACCAGCGGCGGAAACAUGCCGCGACACACGUUCUUCAAAGAUCCACGCGCUAGGUAUAACGGUGAUCUGGUUCAAUUGAAGGAACUGCCCUUUCAAGGUACGUUCGAACUGAAGAACAAGGCCAUGGACGUGCUGGUCACGAUCCACGGGCUGCGACAUGAAAAUCUCAAUCCUCUGAUCGGAUGCCUUAACGAACCUACGAGACCUUGUCUAGUGUCGGAAUACUGCUCGAGGGGCUCUCUGGAGGACGUGCUCGUCCAGGACGAGAUUAAACUCGACUGGUCCUUCAGAUUAUCCCUGCUCACCGAUCUCGUGCGGGGUAUGAGGUAUCUUCAUAGCACACCGAUACGUGUCCACGGCUAUCUGACGUCGCGGAAGUGCGUGAUCGACGCAAGAUGGGUCUUGAAAGUCACCGAUUACGGUUUGCCUGCGUUUUAUGAAGCGCAAAACAUCACGCCGCCGGCGAAAACAGCUCGGGAUCUGUUGUGGACCGCGCCGGAACUGCUUAGGCAUCAGAAUCUGCGGAAAAAGGGAAGCCAGCCGGGCGACGUUUACAGUUUCGGAAUUAUCAUGCAGGAAGUCGUUGUUCGCGGGGAGCCAUUUUGUAUGCUCGCUCUGUCUCCGGAAGACAUAAUCGAGAAAGUGAUGAAACCACCGCCUCUGAUUAGACCGUCGGUCAGCAAAGGUGCCGCGCCACCGGAAGCUAUAAACAUCAUGCGCCAGUGCUGGGCAGAAGCUGCUGAAAUGAGGCCUGAUUUCGACGACGUUCACGAUCUCUUCAAGAAGUUAAAUCACGGAAGAAAGGUAAACUUCGUGGACACGAUGUUCCAAAUGCUCGAGAAGUACUCGAACAACCUGGAGGAACUUAUUCGCGAGCGAACGGAACAGCUCGAUAUGGAGAAAAAGAAAACCGAACAGCUAUUGAAUAGAAUGUUACCGAGUUCGGUCGCUGAAAAACUAAAACUCGGCAUGCCGGUCGACCCUGAAGAGUUUCGCGAAGUCACGAUUUACUUCUCGGACAUCGUCGGUUUCACGACGAUAUCCGCGCUCUCGACGCCUUUUCAGGUGGUCGAUCUUCUUAACGAUCUCUACACCUGCUUCGACGACACAAUUAACGCGUAUAUGGUCUACAAGGUAGAAACUAUAGGAGACGCCUACAUGGUCGUGGGCGGAUGUCCCGUGAGGAUACCCGAUCACGCUACCCAAGUUGCUACCAUGGCACUUGACCUGUUACAUCAAAGUGGAAAAUUUAAGGUGAAACACCUUCCGAACAUGCCACUUAGACUUCGCAUCGGUCUUCAUACGGGACCGUGUUGUGCCGGCGUGGUGGGUUUAACGAUGCCGCGCUACUGUCUGUUCGGCGACACGGUAAACACCGCUUCGAGAAUGGAGUCGACCGGCGCGCCGUGGCGUGUCCAUCUGAGCCAGGCGACGAGGGAUCGAUUGAUGCAGGUCGGCGGUUAUCACAUAGAAUACCGCGGGCCCACCGACGUCAAGGGUAAAGGCAAAAUGCCGACCUACUGGCUGCUCGGCAAGCAAGGUUUUGACAAGGAGCUUCCCAAGCCGCCACCUCUCGGGGAAAAUCAUGGGCUCGACGAAAGUUUGAUUCUGGAGAGUCAGCAGAACGGAGUGUCGGGUGAGUGCUCGGUGGGUUCGCAAUUGCCAGUAAUUCCCUCGCAAGAUGAGACCCCCGAAGAACCAACAACGACGGAGACGAACUCUAUGACGGAUGUCAAACCGGAUCGUCAAGAUUCCGUGAGCAGCAUCAACGCUAACAUCAACAGCCGAACCUCAUCAUUGGAUGAGACCGGUAUUAGCACCAGAAAGGUCGCUGUUUCAGUGCACGACGAGCGCGUGUUGCUGCCCAGCUACUCGCUAAAGUCCAGCGGCGACUUCAUCGAGACUUUCCAGGCCAAGCAGGACUCGGUGACGAGGACGAGCGAGGGCGUUUACGGGGGAGUCGUGAACAAGAGCACGUCUGGCGACACACAGAUCUCUCUCGGCAUGUCAUCUUCGAUUUCCGGCGCCGAGGCGACCGCGGCGAUUCUUGGCGCGUCGACGAGCUCGCUCACGUCGGUCCCGAGCUCGGCUACGUAUCGACAGCCGCUGUCGAGACAUCGUCGCUUCGCCGCUACCUGCAUAGACGAAAACGACCUCAGCACGCCGUACAAUUACUAUAGAUGUCUGUCGCCUAACGAGCAUCACGGAAAAGGUCCGGGCUGCCGAAUGCUCAAGAGGCAAUUUAGUCUGGACCGCCCAGACGAUCCGGUGUCUAUAAUUCCGGAACUGCCUCCGCAGAGAUCGACUCCUCGUCUCUACAAGCAGAACAGCGCGGGCGCGGCCAACGAUUUGGAGAAAAUCGUGGAAGUGCCGUCAAGGGGUCCGGCCACUCCGGGGCCCCUUCUUCAGAAUUAUCGCCACGCCGCCUCCGUUUCUCUAUCCGUCGAAUCCUUGUCGUUGCAUUGAACUCUCGUAGGAAAGAGAGGGUGAAAAAAAAAAAAUAAAAAAAAAAGAAUAAUAUCCAGAACGCAAAAUGGAACGCGCGAGCGUGUUCGGAGCAGCGAAUAAUUCACACGGAAAAUUCGCGCGUAUGAUUUAUCUCAUCUUCGUGAACUAGUUUUAAACUCAAAAAAAAAAAAAAUUAAUAAAGGAUAAGAGAUUAGCCACGAAAAAAAAGCUGACUCUUAGAUUCGACGAAAGAAACGUCGAAAACUUGAUUGCGACUUGAUUUGAAGGAUUCACGGAUUUAAAAGAACGCGUGUUUUUGUAAAAAAACGAAAAGUAAUUCGCGCGCGCGUAAAUUACCAGGUUGUAAUUCGUUGCUGCUCCAACUAUUUUUAUCUGAGUGUAUGUACAUUAUAUUGGUGUUUGUAAUACCCGCGGGCAGGGAAGUAUAAACCGUGGUUAUAAAAAAUUUAAUGACUAAGUGUGUUAUAAAAACUAUUUAUAAAUAAUUGUUAAUGCAGAAUGUCGUUAGAACUCUUACGGAACAAAAACUUUGCUCUCUGAAUUCCCUCCGACGUGUCUGUACCUGUCAAUCUUGCGUAUUUAAAAAAAAACGAUUUAUCGGUAAAGGUAAUUUUCAGCAGUUAACGGUAAAGUCUGAUCGUCAUUUCGUGACGAAAAUCUGCGAUUUCCUCGUUGAUCCGCGUUGUCAGACAGCGCGGACAUUUAACGGAUGUUAUUAUUAUGGGUGUAUUCGAAAGCUCUCAGAGAUAUUUAAGAGCGUUUGUUAAAUUUCCGCGCCGUAAUUUGUUCUUCGAGAUAUUAAUUUAUUUUUUAAGAAACAUAUAUCAAAACACUAAGAGUGUUUAGCGAAUAACGGUAUUUCUUAUUUUCAGAUUUCUCACACAAUAUUCCAUAAGAUCGAUUUUUACUUUUUGCUAGGAAUUAAAAAUUUAUAUUUUCUAUAACAUAAUAUGCAUAUGUAUACGAUAUUUUUUUAUCUCUAUGCUCUAUAGUUAUCAACAAUCGUAUAUAUUCUGGAUAGAUGUGUCUACAAACCGAAGAAUCUGAGGUCGAAUGGGGUCAACAUAAUAAAUUCCUUUCCCCGAGAUGCGUCUAUACAAUAUUUCAAGGUAAGAAAAUUUCCAUUCGAAUCUCCCUCAUAAACUCAACAUGGAUUCUCUGUUGACAAAAAAUUUCCACACAGGUAAAGUAACAAAUAUGAUUCAGGAGAAACAUAUUCAACCAAGUAAUUACAUUCUUAAUUUUCUGAUUACGUCUUGAUAUGAAAAAAAUUAUUAUUGCCUAUCUGAUGCAGAAAGAGUUAGCACGUUGAACAACGUGUUUAUUUGUAUGUACGUACUCUCUAAGUAUCUAAUGAUCAUCUUGAUCACAAUGCAAUUGAUAGAUUUUAACGUUAUAUUGAUUAAAAAGAAAGUUUAUUACACAGACACUAGAGAGUAAAACACCCAACUAUUGGCACUUUAAAGACCUGUCAAUUUUUUUUUUUUUUUUUUCAAGAGUGCCAACUAAAGAAUUCAAAAGUAAAUGUAAUGUCAUAAAAAAAUCCAAAUUAUAACCCAACAAUCCAGACAAUCCAGACAGCACAAAAAAGCCAAAAGACGUCUUAAAGAUGUCUAGACAAUAAGACGUUUUUAAGUCAUCUCUUAGUCAGCUUUUAGAGACAUAUGCGCUGUUUGGGUAAUAAUAUCAAAAGUAACCAUAGACAAAAAAUGUUAAUUAGAAAAAAUCAAUCAAGUGUAUUAGUGCCAAUCAUUGGAGAGGUGCUAACUGUACAGGUUCGAUUACUCUUAAAUUUAAAUUUAAAUUUUACCUCACGCGAUUAAGAGGCAGAAGAGAAAGCGCUUCGUCGAUCACAGCAAGUACGUGCGAUUGUCGUUACUUAAUUUCUGGCCUAAUAAUUUCGCGAUAAUCGAAUAAACAUUCGAUUUUGUCGAACGUAUGCUGAUAUAGCGAGCGGAGUGACAAAUGCACGUUCUUCUCGAGACGAGUGGGCGUUCUGCGAACAGAGUGGAUAACACUUUAACCACAAGUAGAUAGAUAAAGACUUUACACACAAAAGAAAUGAAUAGACUUCAUUUAUAGCAGAAGAAAAAAGCGCAAAUAUAUUUCUCGAUAUUAUCUUUUCAGAAAAAAUUUGGAUUUUUUUUUGAAAAUAAAAUGCGAUACAUCU